AUGUGUAAUUAGCUAGUCGAUUAGGGCCACACCGCUCGCGAAAUCGUAAGUAGCGGCCUGGAUCGCAUUUCCGUAAAUACACUCGACGCGAACCCCAGACAGAUUGUAUUGCCAGGUAAUUGCAAGGUAACAGUGCGCGUAUGAAGAGAGAAGCAGAGAGAGAGAGAGAGAGAGAUAGAGAGAUAGAGGAAGAGAGAGAAGGAAGGGGGGAGACGUGGAAGGGAGAGAUACGCCGUCGAUUAUUUCGGAACGAAACUAUGGUAGUCUUAACUAUGCACUCCACUCGCGAACGGGCCAUUCAAAGGGAAGCACCACAUAUCGUGUCUCGCAUGCAACGAUCACUCGAGACACUCGAUCUUGCAGCGAAAGAGAAACGUGCAUGAUAACAAGAAAUUAGUACCAUGUGUUCGCAAGGAGAGGAGAGGAAAUGCUCACCAAUCCGCCGAUCCUCUUUAAUUGGUAACUAAAAAAAUUCACGUAGUCGUUUGCAACGUUCAGAUAAUGCAAUUAUGUUACAUUAUCUGCAGUAUCAAUUUUGUUGAAUAUUAAUUCAAUGCGCGCAUUAUAACGACGAAAUAAUAAUUUAUACAUAUAAAAAAAAAGUGACUUGGGUUCCCUUAAAAAAAGAAAGAAUUUCAAGUAUAUAUACCAUCUAUUGGCUUGCUCGAGCCUCGUCGAGCUCUUAAGAGACGAACCGCAGGAGCGAAGCCGCAAACGUCAAGAUGUUUUCCUUGAAUCUGCAUAACGAAACAAUGCAAAUCAAGCGAAGCCAUCGAGUACUCGGUGCGUUCUUCACCGUUGGAGGGAUAGAAUGAGGAGGAGGACGCACCUUGUCGAGACGACGGGGAACCUGGCACUUACCUAUCGACUAACCCGACUCGGUUUCGCCAUGCUCUUUCCUCCAGCCUGAUGUACUUACACGUGUGCAGCAGCUAUAGAUACACAGAGGUCGAAUACUAAAGGGACCCUGCGACUAAAUAACAAGGUCGCCUGGAUAAAGUCGGAUUCGAGGGCGAUUUUGGCUAUUCACACUCACAUGGUGGCGCACAAUCCGCGUUUGUCCGUCACUCACAACGGCCAUAACACAUGGAAGCUGCACGUGACUAACGUUCAACCGAAUGACUCCGGCACGUACAUGUGUCAAGUUAAUACGGAUCCUAUGAGGAGCCAGACCGGUCACAUGAAUGUCGUGAUACCGCCUGACAUCAUGGACCUGGACGACACGGCGGACCAGUUGACCACGAAGGAGAACGGUGAUCUGCAGCUGCGGUGUCGCGCCACCGGUACACCGACACCGGGGGUGAUCUGGCGGCGGGAGGACGGCAGGAACAUUACGCUGAGGAACGAGCACGGCGUCAAACGAAUGAAAACAUACGAGGGCGAGCAACUCCAUUUGCGGGGCAUCCAGCGUCAGGAGAUGGGGUCUUACCUCUGUAUCGCGUCGAAUGGUGUGCCGCCGUCGGUCAGCAAGAGAUAUUACGUCAAUGUCCGUUUCAAGCCGCUGAUUAAGGUCUCGAAUCAGUUGGUCGCGGCACCUGUCGACAGCGACGUCCUUCUUCAGUGCUACGUGGAGUCCUCGCCGAAGGCUCUGAACACGUGGCAUAGAAAUAAUGAAUUAUUUCCGAAGAUAUCCACUUCAGGAAUCAAGCUGCUGGAGGAUGAGAAGCACGACAUAUCGGAAGUAACGAUCAACGACUAUGCAUAUCAACUAAAUCUCACUGUCAGACGUCUCGACCGGUCUGACUUCGGUACUUACACGUGUUCCGCGGAGAACGCUUACGGCAAAGCGGAUGGCACCAUAAGGCUUCAAGAGCUGCACUUGGUGCGAUCUACGGUAACUUCCACGAUCAAUACUGAAGUCGUCGAGAAGCACACCUGGCGGAAGCAAACAGAGAAGAAAGGAAAGAAGUACUCAUAUGUGGUCGGUAAGCCGGACUCAGAACUGAAGAACGUGGGUCACACUACGCCGAUGUCGAGGAGAAACGUGUCGAGUUCUUCGCCGUCAAACGUCGCGAACAAAUCGAGGAUGUCCGUGUUCCCGGCACCGGCACCGGCGCCGGCACACUCGGCACCCACACAAUCGGGUGGUCAAAACGGCGUCAGAUCGUUGCGCGACUCGCGACUGCAUUGUGUCGGCCUGAUGAUCCUGGCGAUUUUAGCUCGCGAUUGAAACGCGGCCGACAGGGCCGUUUUCUCGUGUGAAAAGUGAAGUCAUUCGAAAUCACGAAAUUAGACUGUUCUCAGCGUGAUCUCGAUUGCCGAAAGGUACAUAUACAUACAUACGUAUACAUGGAUGACUUUACGUUUAUGAUUCGGAUCGGAAUAAUUUUCCUUAUCUAUAUUUUUUGUCCAGAUACUGCGAGAACGUAUGACGAAGGAAGCGCGAAACACAUAUCGAGAGCUUCGCUGUAAAUAAACACGAGACAUUUUUAUGACAAUAAAUGUAGCUGCGUAUACACGACAAGUAGAUUGCGUCGUUAGAAGUGCGCACUCGUAAUUAUCAUUAUUAACCAGUACACAUAUAUUAUUCAUGGCGACCGCGCUGUCGUGUUUGCCGGAACUCAAUUUUUCGUUGGAUUACAGGCGGUAAAAGAAGUGACAACGAUUUCGGCAGAAGGCGAACACCAUCUUUGUAUAUUCUAGCGAUAUAGACAAGUCGGGAGAGUCGAGUUCUAAUUUGUUCGUGUAAGUAUCGCGCGAUUAAUCGGUAAGCGUAGGUAUACACAUCGAUUAGGGUAAAUAAAGAAGGGUCCAUGUACCAAAGCUGACUGAAGUGGAUUCUUUCGUCUCUAGGAGCAGGCCGUAUUUAUUUAUGUCUAACGAGAGUUGUGGCAUUCGUGUAUAUAUGUAUGACAAUAAAUGUUGUUUCUACUAUCGCGCAAACGUCGUUUCCACCUUCUUCGCGAUUAAUUAUACAGAGUGCCUCAACGUUCCUUCUCUCUCCCGGAUGAAGUCUCCUCUCGACGUAACAUUUUUAAAUCCUCUUCCGCCUCGCUGAAAUAUAACAUAUCGUGCGACUGUGUCAGCUAAUGCACAUCGAUAUACACACGGAGAGAAUAUUAUAGUUUUUUUUAUAUACAUUUUUAGAAUUUUGCUAUGUUUUUAGUAGUCCGGAAAUAAACUGUCAGAUCUAUCUUGCUAACAUAGCAAAUUUUGCUAGAGACAUAGCAAAUAUUUCAAUUCCUGAGAUACAUUUCAGUUCCUGAGAUACAUAAGUAGCACAAAUAAAAUAAAAGGAUAAUGAAUUGCUGCAGAAUGACGAUCUAUUUCUCGAUGACAAAAUUUUUAAUAAUAUUUUACUAUAAAAUUCUCCUCGUUUAAUAAGAUAGUAUUAUUAUUAUAUUGUUAACACACAAUUGCUUUCUGAUAUCAAAGUAUUAAAAAAUUAAUAUAAAAUA